UGAGGACAGGGCUGGCGGCCAGAAGGAGACAGCCCCAGCUGGUGGCGUUCGCUCCCUGGAAGGAGGGAAGGAAGGAAAACCAGCCCUUGCUGCUGCCCUGCCCCGCCGCUGGCUCUGCGGGCAAUGGAGCUGGCUCCUCUCCUCCUCCUCCUCGGCUUGCUGUGGGGCUGCAGCGGGCGACCUGCCGACAAGCUGGUGGUGACGCCGCGGGAGCCGGUGGUGCGGUACGGGGGCUCGGUGCAGCUGAACUGCUCCCUGGCCUGCGUGGGGGGCACGGUGCAGUGGAAAGGACUGGACACCAACCUGGGGAGCAUCGCCUCGUUCCCCACCCACAGCAUCCUACAUGUCAGCAGUGCCGUGGUCGCCAUGGCGGGCACCAAGAUCUGCCAGGGCACAUGCCAUGGGCAGCACUACCAGCACGCUGUCAACCUGAAGGUCUACGCCCUCCCGGACACGCUGCAGCUGGAGACAGACCCCCGCACCCUGGAGCCGGGGCAGCCCGCCAGACUGCGCUGCUCGGCCCGGCAGGUGUACCCGCUCAUGGGGCUGGUCCUCACCUGGCACUGGGGGGACCAAGUGCUGGAGCAGCCAGACUUCGAUGUCACGGAGACUGAUGAGGAGCUGUUUGACAUCGUGUCCACGCUGCUGGUGGCUGGGGAGGAGGUGGGAGAAGGGGUGGAGUUCAAGUGCAAGGUGACGCUGAGCAUCGGGCAGGAGACCCUCACCCGGGUGGCAUCUGUGGCCGUGAGCGCUGGGGCUGUGACGGAGCAGCCGGUGGCCAUGGCCACCUCCACAGCGAGCCGCUGGGCAGUGGUGACUAUGAUGAGGACCCCCAGCACAGCCGGACCUGUGACCACCACAGCGCUGCCCCCAGAGCCAAGUGUCCCCACACAUGAUCCCACCACAGCCCUGGCCACCACACCGCGGGAGCCUGAUGCUGAGACCACCCUGGAGCCGGCUGCUGCCACCGAACCCCCCUCCACAGAGGGCCCUGCUGCAGGCAGUCCCAUGGCAUGUCCAGCCACCACCACACUCCCUGGCUCCGCCACCACGAGCCCCCUGGCUGAAGCGCAGGGGACGGCUGUGGACGGCAUCAGCUGGGGGUCUCCCUCAGCGGAAAAGGGGACAGGGCCAUCCGUGGGGACAGUGCCCGCCUGCACACUGCGGAUCUGGUCGCUGCCUCCCAACGGGACGCGGGGCAGGGCCCUGCGCAUCGAGUGCCACGCACAGUGCACUGGGAACGCCACCGUCCGCUGGCUGCGGACGCCUGUGGCCCUCUCGCAGUACCGGGAGGAGGCGGUGGGCAGCAGCUCCACACUGCAGCUGGACCACACCGAGCCCCGACACCAGGGCCACUACCAGUGUGUCCUGCUCGGCCACCGCUCCCAGGUGGUCAGUCUGCAGCUGACGGUCUUGGAUGAGUCAUUCAGCACGGGCCCUGCCAUUGCCGUGGGGACAACGGUCUCGCUGUUGGGUCUGAUCAUGACCGGCGUCAUGUCUUAUCGCCUGUGGAAACGAUUCAGAUCUCAGUACGAGCUGCCCUAGGAGUGGGAACUGCCUACAGAUGCCCACAGCCCUCCGGACGAGUCCCUGCUGUCGGCCCUUCUGCUCCUGGCCUUGCCCAGCCCCUGGGACAACGAGCAGCCGACGGAUCGUGGCGGGGACCAGCGGAGCUGGUGGGGUGUGGGGUGCUGCUGCAAGACCCGAGAGAAGAGCAGCCCCCGGCCCAGGACAAGCGCUCUGGGACCCGGAGACCUCCGAGGAGCUGCUGCUUUUGAAAACUUUGUCCCUGCCUGAGGCUGCUGCUGCCGGGGACGCUGAGGGGCUUCCGAGGGGACAGGCCACACCGGGAACCGCUCGGCUCCCGGGCAGGUAGCCUGCUGCUCGGAGGAGCUCGCCCGCGAGUCCUGUGGGAGAAAGGAGAGCCUCGGGGCUGCCUGCAGGACGGGAAGGCUGGAAGGGAGACAAGCGGAGGGAUCCGCAGUGACGGGGGGACGGGGA